GGUCCUUUUUUCUUGGAUGAGUCAAUAAAGCUUGGGGCUUUGGGACACACAGCCUUCUGGACCCUGCCAGCUAACCCCAAAAUGGAAUAUGGGAAAGUAAUCUUUCUUUUUCUCUUAUUUCUUAAAUCAGGACAAGGAGAUCCACUGGAGAGCUAUGUUAAAACAGAAGGGGCUUCACUCUCUAGUUCCCAAAAGAAGCAAUUUGAGGCAAACAGUGUAGAAGAAUGUAAAGCAAAAUGUGAGGAGGAAACGGAAUUUGUCUGCAGGUCCUUCGAAUAUUACAACAAAGAACAAAAAUGUGUGAUCAUGGCUGAAAACAGCAAGACAUCCUUGGUUGUGAGGUGGAGAGAUGUGGCUUUAUUUGAAAAGAGAAUGUACCUUUCAGAGUGUAAAAAUGGCAACGGAAGAAACUACAGAGGAACUUUGUCUAAAACUAAAAAUGGCAUUACCUGUCAGAAAUGGAGUGGUACUAGCCCUCAUUUACCCAAGUAUACACCAAGCAAAUACCCAGAGGAAGGACUGGAGAAAAACUACUGCAGAAAUCCUGACGAUGAUCCUAUGGGACCUUGGUGCUACACCACAAAUCCAGAGAUCAGAUUUGAAUAUUGUAAUGUUCCUGAAUGCGAAGAUGAAUGCAUGCACUGCAGUGGUGAAAACUACCAAGGCACAGUUUCAAAGACAGAGUCUGGAAUCGUGUGUCAGCCUUGGGACUCCCAGGAACCACAUUCUCACGAAUACCUUCCUUCUAAAUUUCCCAACAAGAACCUCAAAGAGAAUUAUUGCCGGAACCCAGACGACGAGCCUCGGCCAUGGUGUUUUACCUCGGAUCCAAAGAAGCGCUGGGAAUUCUGCAACAUCACCCGCUGCUCUACACCACCACCAUCUCCUGGUCCAAUGUUUCAAUGCUUAAAGGGACGAGGUGAAAACUACAGAGGCAAAAUUGCGGUCACUAAGUCUGGAUUUACUUGUCAACACUGGAACACACAGACUCCUCAUAAGCAUAACCGGACCCCACAAAACUUUCCCUGCAAAGGUUUGGAUGAAAACUACUGCCGUAAUCCUGAUGGGGAGUCAGCACCCUGGUGCUAUACCACCAGCAGUGAGCAGAGGUGGGAAUACUGUGCCAUACCAUCCUGUGGCACCUCCCCUCCACAGACAGAAACAGUAGUGCCCUCUGAGAUCCAGGAAUGCUAUGAGGGCAAUGGACAAAGUUAUCGUGGGACAUCAUCCACCACCAUCUCAGGAAAGAAGUGCCAGGCCUGGUCUUCUAUGACACCACACCGGCAUGAGAAGACCCCAGACAAUUUCCCCUCGGAUGAUCUGAAACAGAACUACUGCAGAAAUCCAGAUGGAGAUAAAAGUCCUUGGUGUUACACCAUGGAUCCCAGUGUCAGAUGGGAAUUCUGCAAUCUGGAGAAAUGUUCAGGAACAGGAGUGAAUCUCCCAAACUCCCCUCCAAGUGUUCCUAAUGUAGAUACAACUUCCCCCAUAGAAAAAGACUGUAUGUUUGGGAGUGGUAAAGACUACCGGGGCAAGAGAUCAACCACUGUCUCUGGUACCUUGUGCCAGGCCUGGAAUGCGCAGACGCCUCACAGACAUACUACUUUUACUCCAGAGACAUAUCCAAGGGCAGGCCUUGAAGAAAAUUACUGCCGUAAUCCUGAUGGUGAUCCCAAUGGUCCUUGGUGCUAUACAACAAAUCCUCAAAAGCACUUUGACUACUGUGACAUCCCCCAGUGUGUCUCACCAGCUUCAUUUGACUGUGGAAAACCCAGAGUAGAGCCAAAGAAAUGCCCAGGAAGAAUUGUGGGUGGGUGUCAAGCUCAGCCCCACUCUUGGCCCUGGCAGAUCAGUCUCAGAACAAGGUUUGGUGAGCACUUCUGUGGAGGUACCCUCAUUGCUCCACAGUGGGUGCUGACAGCUGCUCAUUGCCUGGAACGCUCCAGCAGGCCUACCUCAUAUAAAGUCAUCCUGGGGCUACACAGUGAAACUCCUCCAGAAUCAUAUUCUCAAGAAAUAGGAGUUACUCAGCUAUUCAAGGGACCCUAUCGUACAGACAUCGCUUUGCUGAAACUGAACAGACCUGCUGUUAUCAAUGAUAAAGUAAUCCCAGCAUGCUUACCUUCACAAGAUUUUAUGGUGCCCGACAGGACACUCUGCCAUGUCACUGGGUGGGGCGAAACUCAAGGCACUUCUGCAGGAGGUUGGCUCAAACAAGCCAGCCUUCCUGUGAUUGAUAACCGAAUGUGUAAUCGCUAUGAGUACUUAAAUGGGAGAGUGAAAUCUUCUGAACUUUGUGCCGGUCAUUUAGAUGGGAGCGAAGAUACCUGCCAGGGUGAUAGCGGAGGACCUCUGGUUUGUUUAGACAAUGACAAAUUUGUUUUACAAGGUGUCACUUCUUGGGGUCUAGGCUGUGCCCAGCCCAAUAAACCUGGUGUUUAUGUUCGAGUAUCAAGGUAUAUUUCUUGGAUUGAAGAAGUAAUUAAAAAUAAUUAAUUGGAUAGGAGAAAUUGUGAAGCAUGGACUCUUAUGGUAAUCAGCACACAGGAAGAAGAUAUAUGAUGUGCUCGGAAGUAAUUUAUAGUAAUUGAACUAAGACUCUGAGUGUUAUCAUUGGCUGUGAGUGAUACCAUUUUGACAGUUGCGGCCAAGACGUUGAAUUGUUGGGUAUUUUUUUGUGCACCAGCUUUUCAUCUUACUGACUGUCUGAUUCUGUAUUAAUAGAGACUCAGCUGUGACAUUUAUUAAAAAAAAUAAUAAAUUCUUUACUUCUCUUGA